UACAAGAAGAGAAGAUUAAGUCUUCCUGUGGAAAAAGAAAUCUUCGUCCGCCAUGAUGAAACUGAAACUUCUUACGAUUCUCGUCGUGCUGAGCUAUGCACUUGGCAAACCUGUUCGCGACAAGAAAGUGGAACUUAACGAUAAAUGCUUUAACUCUGAUGGCAAACCAUUCAGUUCUGAUCCAUUUGAAAAACCUGGAGAUUGUGACAACUUCUACCAAUGUUCCAAUGGUUAUUUGUACACAAUGCCAUGCGCUCCAGGAACUGCAUUCAACCCAGCAAUUGGUGUGUGUGAUUGGCCUUACAAUGUUCCUGGUUGUGGUGAAACAAGCAAUACCCCACCACCACCACCCAUCGAUACAAUUGAUCUCUUAUGUAUGGAUUCCGAUGAAAAACCAAUCAGUUCUGAUCCAUUUGAAAAACCUGGAGAUUGUGAUAACUUCUACCAAUGUUCCAAUGGUUAUUUGUACACAAUGCCAUGCGCUCCAGGAACUGCAUUCAACCCAGCAAUUGGUGUGUGUGAUUGGCCUUACAAUGUACCUGGUUGUGGAAGUGGUACCCAACCACCACCACCAAUAACAACAACAACAAAUCCUGGUAUCAUUCAUCCAUUAUGUAUGGAUUCUGAUGGAAAACCAAUCAGUUCUGAUCCAUUUGAAAAACCUGAAGAUUGUGACAACUUCUACCAAUGCUCCAAUGGUUAUUUGUACACAAUGCCAUGCGCUCCAGGAACUGCAUUCAACCCAGCAAUUGGUGUGUGUGAUUGGCCUUACAAUGUACCUGGUUGUGGGGGAGUUCACCCAACAACUGUCAACCCACCCAGUGGUACUUCGGAUGAAUGCGUGGACGCAGAUGAUAAACCACUAAGCACUGGUCCGUUUGAAAAACCUGGUGAUUGUACACACUUCUACCAGUGUGGAGCAGGUAUCUUGUACGUCAUGCCUUGCGCACCUGGCACAGUUUUCAACCCAGCGUUAUCCGUGUGUGAUUGGUCAUACAAUGUUCCUGGCUGUUAAGAUGCUUCUAGAUGUUUUUACCGGGAAACUUUUGUUUUUAAUUAUAUUUAGGCACUUUUGUGGUAAUUCAACAUGCAAAAGAUGAUACAUCGGCAUAGUAUUAUAUGCGCAAUUAAUUUUAAUAUACUU